GACAUCGACAGGGCUGCUGGUUGGCUGGAAUACUGGUUAGUGGGCGCGACCUCUGCUGUCAGCUCCGUGAGUCACUGGUCCUGCAGCCGCGCCCUGUCCGGAACUGAGGAGGGAACCCCGGAACCUGCGGCAGAGAGGUCUAAGUAGACUGCAAUAAUGUUCCUGAUAAAUCGAUAUGGUGGAGGCGGUGGUGGCGGAGGAAGCUUCUUUGGUGGAGGCGGAGGAGGAAUUGGUGGCGGAGGAGGUUCGGGACUCUUUGGAGGAAUUCUUAAUGUUCUCAGUGACGCAGCAUCAAACUACAACCCAACUCCUCCACCCCCACGGAGCCACGUUUCUGUCAUUCAAUCCAAUGAGAGUGAGGAGGAGCGACAGUUCCGUCGGCUCUUCAGCCAGCUGGCCGGAGAUGACAUGGAAGUCAGCGCAACCGAGCUGAUGGGAAUUCUCAACAAAGUAGUUGGACGACACCAGGACCUGAAGACGGACGGGUUCAGCGUGGAGUCAUGUCGCAGUAUGGUGGCCGUGAUGGACAGCGACAGCACUGGCAAACUGGGCUUUGAGGAAUUCAAGUAUUUGUGGAACAACAUCAAAAAAUGGCAGGCUAUCUACAGGAGAUAUGACACCGAUCGAUCAGGAACUAUUAGCGGCAGUGAGCUGCCCGGGGCAUUCCAAGCCGCAGGAUUCCAACUGAGCGGUGAAUUGUACCAGAUGAUAAUUCGCCGGUAUUCCGAUGAGAAAGGCGACAUGGACUUUGAUAAUUAUAUCUGCUGUCUGGUGCGGCUUGACGCCAUGUUCCGUGCUUUCAAAGCUUUGGAUAAAGAUGGAGAUGGCAGGAUUAGGGUGACAAUUCAGGAGUGGCUGCAGCUGACCAUGUACUCCUGAACGAGGAGAAGACCUCCCCAAUGGAGCUGUGAAGACCUGACCCCCCCCUUUAUCCCAACUAUAUACACGCCUGAUUUUUUUUUUAUUUUAAUUUUUUUUAUUACACUCCUCCUUAUCUUUGUAAACUUCAAGAGACAAAAUAUUUUACACUUUAAUAUUGGGAUAUGUGGCUGAGACCCCAGUAAUGGUUGGAACCUGACUGACUGGUGCAAUUUGCUGUGUGAUGCUUUUGCUCUAUUAUCUGCUCUGUAAUGCCAGGAGAAUGACAAUAAAUCCAACCAGUGCAAUGGUCCAAUAAAUCCAUCUUUGUAUAGUGAAUCUUUAUGA